UUGUCUCUCGCUCUUCCCCAAAACCUGUCCCUCUACUCCCUCCCCUCCCGCUCGCGCUCUCUCUCUCCCUUUCUCCCCCUUCCCUCCAAUAGAACCAAAACCACACAACCCUAGAAGAUGGUGGCCGGCUCAUCUCGGAGGUGUAUCCUGGCAUUGACUCGUCGGAGGAAGGCGAAGAAGAUGGUGGUUACGGUGAGUCCACCCCGGUGGUCAGAGAUCGGUGACGGAGGAGAGAGAUUCCUCCAGAUCCACUUUCUCUCUCCUUUCCCUCUCUCUCGUCUGUGCUUCUCUCUUUUCUCUCGUCUGUACUCUGGUCUCAAGUAAACAUUGAGGCAAAGAAAUCCAAGGAGGAUCUGAAGGAAUCCUGCUAGUAUGGGUUUGCUUAAUCUCAAUUUCAAUGCUAUUUAGGAAUUGUGCGUGUAAUCUCAAUUUUAGUGUGACAGAUCAUGCUCAGAUGCUCUUGAACAUCCUAUGAAUUUGGGCCGUCUCCUUUUGCAGGUCUUUCUUGUUUCAUGAUUUUGUGGCAAACUGCUUGACAAAAGAACAUCGGGUUUGCAGCUACUUUACUAUAAACUACCAAUGUCUUCUAAAGCCCUUUCAUUUGCAAAAUAUGGACCCUUGUUCUAAUGCAUAGCAUAAAUUCAACUUAAAAUGAAGAGUUGCACACACAUAUAUAUACUUUAUAGCUUCCAGAGUUCAAAGACACAGAAAUUGCACCAAAGUGAUUAGGCUCAGUCUAGGUGACUUCGAAUUAAAGGAUGGUUCUAUUUCUCAUUUGAAUUGUAGUAAGUUGUUUUUCAUUUGUCUGUGCAUGUUUCCAAGUUGGGAUUUGGGUGUAUGGGACUUAGUGGAAUCUAUAAUGUGCCAGUUUCUGAAGAGUUUGGCAUAUCAAUGAUCAAGUACGCAUUUGACAGAGGAAUAACAUUCUUCGAUACAUCAGAUGUUUAUGGACCACAUGCUAAUGAAGUUUUGAUCGGAAAUGCAUUGAAGCAGCUGCCUCGAGAUAAGGUCCAGGUGGCUACAAAGUUUGGAAUUGUAAAGGCUGAUCCUGAGAAAGUUAUAAUUAAUGGCACUCCUGAGUAUGUCCGCUCCUGCUGCGAGGCUAGCCUGAAGCGGCUUGAUGUGGACUACAUUGAUCUUUACUAUCAGCACCGGAUAGAUACAUUAGUCCCUAUAGAGGAUACCAUGGAGGAACUAAAGAAGCUGGUGAAAGAGGGGAAAAUAAAGUACAUUGGAUUAUCUGAAGCUAGCCCAGACACAAUAAGGAGGGAAUAUGCAGUUCAUCCUAUUGCUGCAGUCCAAAUGGAGUGGUCUCUUUGGACUCGUGACAUUGAGGAACAAAUCAUCCCACUUUGCAGACAUUCAAGGAGACUGAUUGCAGCUGGAGCAGGAAUUGCCUUAAUUGAUUCAGUGGUAGAAGAGUCAAAGAACAGCAGGGAUCCACCUACUGGUUUUGCUUUAAUAAGACCUCCAAGACACCAUGCAAUUUCAAAGGGUCUGAUGGGGUUUUGUGUUUUUGGAAAUAUUGCAAUUGCAGCUCAUUAUGCUCAAUGUGCACAUGGCUUGAAGGGUGUCUUUGUAAUUGAUUUUGAUGUUCACCACGGGAAUGGGACAAAUGAUGCUUUCUAUGAGGAUCCGGAUAUAUUCUUCCUUUCAACUCACCAAAAAGUAGUGCAAAGAUGGCCUUGCUUAUGGAAUGGUACACAAUGACCGUUUUACUUAUUUGCAAGCCUUUUGUUUUGUAUAUGGAGAAGUUUAGGCCAUAUGUCCCCUUCUCCAUACUCUUUGUACACUUUUUAUCAAAAAUAGUAUUAA